AUGACGGUCUCUUAUCAGUACGAGGUCGCCAGUUCCACCAGCGGUGGAUUCACCAGGCUCCUCUUUAUGUGGCGUGGUUCCCUCUACAAGCUCAUCUACAGGGAACUGCUGCUCUAUCUAAUUCUCUUCGGAACCAUGUCCGCACUUUAUCGCCACGUUUUUACUAUUUCGCAAAAAAAGGAGUUCGAGAAAGUUGUUCUCUACUGCGACAUUUUGAUUAAAUCAAUUCCGUUGAGUUUUGUGCUCGGAUUUUACGUAUCCUACGUCGCGCAAAGAUGGUGGAAGCAAUACAAGGCUAUACCGUGGCCCGACAAAGUGAUGCAUCUUGUGGCGCUCUACAUCACUGGAAAUGACGAGUACAGUCGGAUGUUGCGGCGGUCCUUGAUGCGUUACUUGAACCUCUCCUUGAUACUCGUCUUACGUUCCAUUAGUUCGGCAGUGAAGAGACGAUUCCCUACCCUCGAACAUGUUGUUGAUUCCGGCUUCAUGACUACAUUGGAGCUCGAAUUAUACCAGUCGGUGCCGAGUGUUGAGUUUAACACAUAUUGGAUACCAUGCACAUGGUUCAUUAAUCUCCUCAAAGAGGCACGUAUGAACCACAGACUGCCCGACGCACAAGGCUUAAAGAUAAUUAUGGAGGAAUUCAACGAAUUUCGGACGAAGUGCGGCCUUUUGUGGAGCUACGACUGGGUGUCGAUCCCUUUAGUAUACACUCAAGUGGUGACGCUCGUUACAUACAGCUUCUUUGCGGUCGCUCUGAUCGGCCGGCAACACAUCGACGGUGUCGAGAAGGAAUUCCAAUUGAUGAUAGACAAGUACUUGCCCAUCUUCACGAUCUUGCAGUUCUUUUUUUUCAUGGGAUUGUUGAAGGUGGCCGAGCAACUGAUAAAUCCUUUCGGCGACGAUGACGAAGACUUUGAACUCAACUGGAUGAUCGAUCGUCACAUCAAGGUUUCGUAUCUCGGAGUGGACACGCUGAUGAACCGCUGCCCACCACUCGUUAAAGAUAUCUAUUAUGACUCUGAAAAUCUGAAUCUACCUUAUACGGAAGCAGCCGCAGCUUAUAAAAAGAAGACGUAUCGCGGUAGCGUGGCGAACAUGACAGUACCCGAGGAAAAACAAAUGAUGUUUUUACCUGAUAUUUUGGAGGAGGAGGAGGAGGAAGGAGGCAAAGGAAAUACACCUCGUACUUCCACUGCGAGUUUAUCAAACCUAAACGAGAGUCCAGUAAUCGAAAAGCGCCAGAUCAGCGGGUCCCCUUCAACGACUAGAAAGAUGGCUCGCAAUUGUUCUGAGACGGUUGUGCAGCUGGAUGGUCAAGAGCAGCCGGCCGAAGGCGAACAGCGACGCGUUCUAGUCGAGGCCGUCAAGAAAUUUUCCUCGUUGGCGAAGGGCCCGACGUCACGCCCCGAGCUCAAGAAGUCCUUCUUCCCUGUCCUCACAAAAUCGUCUAGACCGGUAAUGCGACCCUGGCCGAGCACGACGAGCAUUUCACGUCAUGCUCAACCGUCGGCUUUCACACCGACCAUCGUCGAGACUGAUCCUUGGGCUAACGAUUCGAGCCAGAAUAGUCCAAACUCGGCGGAAGAUCCCGAAGAACAACAACCUAGCGUAUCGUCGCAGGGCGAGACAAGCCAAGAAGGCGUCGCGAACACAGCUUUCUCCAGCGAUAAGCUGAAAAACAUACCGGAUGAUCGCGACGACACGGUGGAGAGACACUCCUCGGAGCCUGGUCCCACGUAUCAAUGCACAGUGGGCUGGAAACCCACCACUUCUGCCAAAAUUCGAAGACUCAGUAAUUGAUCCCUGAACAGAAGCGCAUCGAAUGAUAUCACCAGGUUGGGAGACGACUGAUCCGUGUAUAGACAUAGGAAUCCCGUGUAAAGGACUACUGAUAUUAUGGGAACGACCCUAAGUCGAAUCAAAAGCUCAACGAAUUUGAAUAAAAGAUUCCUUAAAGAGAUAGAUGAAGGAUGCAUCAAGGAAUCGAUCCUCCAUCUCAUGAAGGGAGAUAAUAAAUUGGAUUAUAAAUUUAGCAUACAUGGAUUUCCGUUUGUAUAUUUUACUGAUAAAAACAGUCGAAUGCCACAGUGAUGGCACGCGAAGAAACCGAUUUACAUCGGCGUAAAAUUUCUUGUUUUUUUUUUUUUUUUACGUCGUGAUCCAAUAUCGUUGCAGUAAGAAAACGAGAAUUUUUACAAAAUUUUGUGGCACUUUCUCGUAAGAAAGCAUUCAACGCGAAAGUUAGUCUAUAUUUUGUUCCUUUCACGAAUGUUUUUCUUACACGCGCUAUCACGGAAUUUGAUCAAGUCUUUUGUGAUGUCCUUUUAUACAUACAGUUAAAACAAUAUUAGUAUAAAAUAACAAUAACAGACAUCGUAUGAAAUUAAUAUCAGAAUAUCAUAAAAAUCUAUAUUUUUGGUAAAUAAUCAAUUAUUAUAGUUGCUUACAAAAUUAUAUCAAGCGGCAUAUAACAGAGAACCAAUAAUAUUUUUGAUGGCGAUCAACGAAGUAUUUUCCCUAUAUCUUCAUUGUAAACAUAAUUACGAUUAUAUCAAAGUAUGAUCAUUUUCGGGACCGAUUACAUCUUUUCCUAAAUUAAAAUUGAUAACUGUUAUAACAUAGUAUUAUAACAUAGUGUUAUAACAUAAUAUUACGUCAUCAAUCGCCAAAGUGUUAAUAUACGUUCAAGACCACUUCUAAUACCGUUCAUAGAGCACUUACGAAUGUCUAUGUAAAUAUUGUAAAUAUUGUAGAACAUAUACUCCAAUAUUACAUAAAAAGAAUAAAACAGUUAUUUAUUUAUUAGAUAUAUGCAAAAAU